ACCGAUGCGCUUUCCGGGGCACGGCGCUGUCGGAAGACGCAGCUCUCCUGGACAUCCGACGUGGAGCGCGCGGUGAUCGCUGCUUGCACGAGACUUGCGUUUUUGCGAGCCCCGCACUACACUGGCAGGCAACAUCGAAGAAGAAGUGUGGAACACCUAUCGUUUUGUCAUAAUCUCAAUUACGCGCCAUCGAUCGUCUCCUGGCGAGUCAGAGGUUGGCCGUCAGUUAACUUGGAUGCCUACCUGCGGGGAUUUGGUAGCGCGUGCGAGAAUCCGCGUGAGCACCUCCGGGAGAAUCGACGUCACCGGUUUCGGAGCGCGAACGUUACGCUACUCGGACAGCGUUGGGCCAUCUGCAUGGUACGCUGAGGCUGGAAAUGGACGUUCGCCAUGCACCAGGCUUAGUGGCUACAAUAAUCGCACAAGUCCUGAUCAAGCAUCGUAGACGCAUCGCUGCGAGCGUUGAAAGUCCGUGGAUGUGACACUGUGUCGCGAUGGCCAUGGCUUUGUCGAGGAGACGUGGGUCUCUUCUGGGUGACACGGAGACGGAUUCCCAGAAUCCGCGGUGCCUUCGGCGACGAAGCCGCCGCUGCGGUUCUUGGCCAACGGAGAUCGUGACGACCCAGGGUCGCCGCUCUGCUGCCGGUCGCCCCGCCAAGCGCGGUGCCGCGGCCCCGCUCUCCCCCACCGAGAUAGUGGACACAACGGUGACGUCAUUUCCGUCGAAAGAAGAAAACCGGUAACCAAGAGUGCUGACAGCAGCGCCUGCGGGGACUGGGUUUCGGCACCGCACCGCGAAAAGGGCAGGACGAGCGGCAGGCGCCGGGCACCGGGUUCCCGAGGCGGCGGCCGCCCGGCUGCCUUCGCGUCGGCCAUGGCCGCCCCUCGGCGUCCCGUGCCCGCGAGGAGCCGCUGCACGCAGACCGAGCCCACGCUGUGCAGCUGCGCUUCCUACCCUCCGGCGACGGGCGUCGUCCACCCGUGGCACCCGGCGAGGCCCACAGCGCCUCCGCUGCCUGAUGCGACAGAUUUUCUGCGGCUCACGGAGCCGCCCGACGUGAGCCUCGUCGUGGGUCCCGAGACCGGAGGGACCCGGACCAUCCGAGUGCACGCUGCGGCGCUCAGACAGAGCAUCGUGCUCCAAGACUUGCUCGGCCGGUGCAACGAUGCGGACUCUGGGCGACCGACCAGGACGCUGCGUGUCGUCUGGGCAGACCCUGACGCUUUCGAGAAGAUGAUACCCUUCCUGUACGGGCGGGACGUGUGUCUCGAAGACGUGUCCACGGCACUUGACGUGAUGCGUGUCGCCCACGCUUUCGCCGUCGCCGGGCUCCUCUCCGAGUGUCUGUGCUACGUGGGUGACCACGUGGACAGGGAGACGGCGCUGUCGGCGCUCACGCGGCUCUGCGAGGUCUCCGGCGGUGGCCCUGCCUUGGACCUGCAACAGAACCUGCUGAACGAGACGCGCGCCCGCUGCCUGGACGUGGUGGACCGCAACGCCGAGCGGCUGCUGGCUGACGCCGCCUUCGAGUGCUUGCCCCGCACCGUCUUUGCCCUCGUGCUGGGCAGGGACUCCCUGUGGCUCAGGUCCGAAGUUUCGGCGGCCAAGGGUGCUGACCGUUGGGCGGCCGCCGAAUGCCGACGCCGAGGCGACGCUGCAGAACCUGCACAAAAGCGGCGAGCGCUGGGCGACGCUGCCUACCUGGUUCGUCACUUCUUGCUCGACCGCGACCAGUUCCGACGCGCGGCCCCGGCAAUGCUGGACGACAGCGAGGCAGCGCUCGUGCUCGAAUUCAUGGACGGCCGCAUCGGAGAGGACCGACUGACGCCGGCACUCAGGACCAACCUGGCGCUGAGGCAGCGCCCUUCGCUGCCACCUUUGCCGUUGGCUGCACCCGACAGUGAACAGAGCACCACUCCGGCCACCGGGCAAGUGCGAUCUCAGACGCUGGCCAGGAGCCGAAAGUCCACGUCGGCCAAAGUGCGCAAGUGCGCCGCGGAUGUGUUCUGGACAUUCGUGUCUAUUCUAGACUAAGGGCGCCUCGCGUCUCUCUGUCAUUGUGCGCAGAAGACGCCUGCUGGGCGGGACCUCAGUGCUCCUUGCUUCAGGAAUGGCUGGCUUUCAUUUUGCUAAUUGGGUGCCAGAGUGCUUCUCGCCUACUUUACUAUUGCGCUCAAGUGUCAAAGGCGAAGGCAUGUAAAUACGUAUUUCCGUUAUUUGUGACAGUGAACAAAUUCUGGAAUGCGGCACUAGAUAUUACACUGCGCAAGCACGUGGCACUACAGCUGUGUCGAUACGCUGAUGUGAGUUUUCGAGAAAGGUAUGUGGGAAGAAGGACAAAGACUGCAUAUACUGAGAUGAAGGUUAAAGUGCCUAAGCUUUCUACUCGGCUUCGCGAAGUUUCGAAACGCCGUUAUUGACCUUCAAUCGCUUCGGCAACACGUCAACACGUAUGAAAGGUGCAGUGUGUUGUGGGCGCUGGUGAUAAGGCUGCCUGAUGAGUCCUUACAGUUGGACAGCGCUGAGAGAGGUGGCAUACACAGAUAGAAAAAAGAAUCAAAACGUGUGAGCAUUAUCUAACUGGCCACUCACUGUGCAGCUGUAUUCUGCAUGAGCUGCUGACAUAGAGGAGAGAAAGAAGCAUAAGACAGCGUUUUAAGCCAAGAUCUGUGAAUCGCGGCCAUGUGAAACGAUAAAUUAUUCAUGUUCACAUAUUUCGUGUGACUACUACCAAAGAAAAAUACGAAUGCGCAAACAACAAAUGUUUUAUCAUUAUUACCGGGCCUAUGCAGAUUUAUUCGUCCAUUCGGAAUGCCACUCUCAUCUUACGGUGGCGCAGUCACGGCGCUCAAGAAGAUUUUAUGAUUUUUAAUUAUUUUAUGUUGCGGAACAUUAGCACCCAGUGAGUGGCUUGUGCUUUGCGUAUGGUGCACUUUUAUGAUGGAAUGUGAAGACCUCGUUCCUGCCAGUUAAUUAUGGGUAAUGUUCUCUUAAUUUACACCGCACAUUCUUGCCUUAACCUCGAAAGUGUAUUUUCAGUUUUGUGCGAAGCACCGGUAUUUUAUUGGAAGGCAGAACGGAAGCGCGUGUCUUCAAGUUCUGGGUGAUGUCAAGCAAACGCGGCUUGUCUUUGUCUCAUCAAGGAUGGGAAACGCGUGUUUUUUGUUAGGUAAUUAGACAUAGAAUUUGACAAGUGCGCGCACAAUCAAACAAAUACCGAUUUCACAUUACAACCGCCGCUCCAACUAAAAGCUGUUGUUCGCAAGUAUUGAAACUUUUUCAGCCUCGCCUACCUUGAGUUUCUGGGUUUGCUGCGACGGUCGCCAAGUCAAGUCGGGAACGCUGUGCAUUAUUAUGUGCCAUAUGGUUCCAUUCUUCUCGCAUGGUAUUCCACUAGGUGUUCAGAACAUUUUUUUUGUUUUAAAUGUCAGCACUGCCUUUCGCGUAUCAUCUUUUACAAAGUGGAGAAUUUGUGCGUGUAGGUGUCAUCACACGGCAUUAAACAUUUCCGCAAAGAACGUCGUGUUAGCUGUGACGACUCAGGAAGGACCAACAAGGAAUAUAAACAAACAAAAAGCCGUUUGUGAGACCCCUUAAAACGCCGCAGGCCAGGCAAAAAAAAAAGAAAGAGAAAGCCCAUGGUAUUGUGGUUGCUAUUGCUGGGCUCAGUGUACGAGUGCCACGUACACCUUAAUUCGUUCGCUGUACUGAUGUGGGUUAGUAUGUACAAGGAAGCGGAGGGUAGGAGUGAACAAAAAGUUAUGGUUGAUCCCUCUUUCAAAGGAAUCGGUAUAACACGAAUGUGAAACGUGGCUUUACAGAAGAAGUUGCCUGCGGACAGUACCUCAAACAAUCAGAGUUACAACAGCACAAAUGUCCACUAUGUCUAUUGGUAUUGCCGUGAGGGGGCGUCGGCGCUGGGAAAGAAUACCCGGCGCGUCGUGCCACUUUGGUCACUUGCGUUGGUGGCGCAGAAUAAAGAAAAAAAAAUGGUGUUGGUGGCGCAGUGGUCAGCGUGCCCGGCACCUAUAUUCGUGGUCCGAGAGAUUAAAACUUCGAUUCCCUGGUUGAGUGCCUCGCUAAAACUGUUUUGACCAAUUUUUCUUUCUGAUCGAUUCGCGUUCAUUCUUACUUACGUCGUUUCCGUGACGGAAAUGAUCUCAGUGAAAUGUUGGAGGGCUCAGGCAAAGAACGCUUUGGUGUUAAAAAUGAUCAAGUGAACGAGGAGGAACUACGCGGACAGAGCAGCAGCCCGCCGGCAUCACUGAACGUGAUGCCGCGUGUGUGUACACUUUCAUGUCCUUCCUGCUUGAUCACAGCGCUUCGCCUUGAGAUGAUGGAAAGUAUUGAAUCUGGACUAGCCAGUGGCCAGUGCUACAUUAUACUGCCCUCGAGAUUAUGCUGUUGUUCUUUUUCGUGUGCAACUUUUAUUUUUAUGUCACAUUCAAUCUUGACCUGUACUGGAAAGGGGCAUUGUGUCGUCCGGUGGCGAAAACUUUUGCGGUGGUAGUCUGGCUCGUUAGAGCACAGAUAAUAACAUUUGUGUGUGCGUGUGUGUGGAGGGGGGGCGGGGGGGGGGUUACGUUUCUAAACCGCGAUAUGAUUAUGAGGGUCGCCUUAGUGGAGGGCUCCGGAAAUUGCGACCACAUGGGGUCCUUUAACGUGCACCUAAAUCUAAGUACACGGACCCCAAGUAUUUUCGCCUACAUCGAAAAUGCGGCCGCCGCGGCCGGGAUUCGAUCCCGCGACCUUCGGGUCAGCAGUCGAGCACCGCAACCACUAGACCAUCGUGGCGGGUAGAGCGCGGAUGCCUUGAUAGUUUCUGUCAGCUUCCUUUCUGUAACGGGCCCUGUGAGCCACCAAGCUCAAUUGCUUGCUAAUGCCUUGCCUGCCUGAGUUAAAUAUUGAAAUUUCACAGCGUCCCUUAUGCAUCGCAUAAGACGACUCGAAGACGAGAGCCAUCUCAGUCGAUUGUAUGGGUCCUCGUUACCGUUGACGACACACUGUGCCAUUCCAGUGGCACUCAGACAUAAUUAUCCCUUGUCGCUCCCUACCAACGUUCUAUACUCUUAAAAUGUUCCUCAAAUACAAGUAUAAAAAAAAUACGAUGCACUUUUGCUGGUGAAGACAUCGCUAACCUGUUGAACUUUGUUGUAUUACGUUUCUGCAGUGUCUGGCGAGAUUUAUUUCGGCACGACGCGUUCGUCAUCGCUAUAUAUAAGGCUGAUUUUAUGCUGCUUCUAUUGCUCUGUCCGGUAUAUAUAGAGAAAUCACGUGGGUUUGUAAUAUUUUAUUGAUGUGAGCUUAAGAUAUUUGAGUAUUCACAUGCAUGUUCCGGUUGCAGUUAUUGCUGCGAUUGACGGCUUAGGCCCAUGCUGAUACGGUUGUGUUUUCCUUGAGUAUGAAAGCUUGUGCGUCGCGUACUUCUUUUCUUUAUAAUUAACCAGAAUCAUUAUUCGAAAAGAUGAUAAGGUUGAGCAAACACUUGCUCUGAAAUCAAGCUUGAAAGAAAAAAAAAUGGAAGGAAAACAGUGUAAUUCAUAUAGGCGUAGAAGUGGUCCACAGUGUGGACAUGCGGCAUCCCCUUCACUUGUGUAAUUCGCAUGCAAACGAUCUGCGCUGUGCAUGUUCUGUUGCAUUCACCUAUAUGCUCAGGAUGGCGCUACUUGCCGCAUGUUUUCAUUUUCGCAAGCUGUCUGUGUUCUAGUCAUCGUAAUGCCAAGCAAAUAGUGCCAGAAUAUUAUGUUUCGUUUUUUGUGACCAAAGAAAACCUCAGGAAUGCAAUCACAGAGCUUGUUGUGCAUUCUCUGGUGUGUUACGUCAGGGAGCGUUUGUAGUUGCCCCUGAGGUGUUUUGUAGUCUGAUGCAACUUUUUGUUGUACAUUUUUUGUUCUAUUUUGUUGAGUACUCGGGGCAGCCGUUGCACCUGGUCAUUUUCUGUGUCAAGUUCUGUAAGCAAUUCUCGUCUCGCGCACAGAAUAUGCAACAUUCUGACGCAGCGUCUAUUCGGUGGCUACUCAAAGUUAGGCUGUGGUAUUAUUUUUCGUUUUGGUAGGUUCUAGUGUAUAAGACUCGUAUGCAGGAUACCGACGUUUAUGUUGUUUUUUUCAACUUCAAGAUAAUGUGAAGCCCUCAAGGAGCAAUCAGAUCCAGUCCUCCAAAUUUGUGCCGUGGGAAUAUAACACUUUCUUUUUGUUUGCUGUUUAUAUUAGGCCAUUUACGUAAUGUCAAGUGCGAAUAUAUGUACUUAAGCGCAUUGCGAAAUUACAAGGGCUGUAAAUAAAAACAAAAAUAGUGAACAGACCUGAUUUUUUAGACUUGCCAACAAGUUGGGCUCUUCUGUAGGAAAUUUUAUUUCGAAUGCGUAGCGGUAGCAGAACCAUGUAAUUACUCAGUCCUAUUUUCAUCAACUUUUCUGCUCAUAUAUAAGUUAAACAUUGCUGACACGUCUAGCAACAUACAAAAUGUUGCCGUUUAGAACAUGCGAAAACAUUUUUAACUUGGAGGCGUCGCUGGCUUCCUCAGAUUGUAUGAUUGUAUGACGGGGAAAGGCAAUUUACGUAGACAUCAUGGCGAUCAUCCUCCAGUUUCAACAGAAGUUUAUACCAAACAAUUAGGCCUCGUGCGUGGAGCGAGAUAAGUAUGACGUAUUGUUACUCAAUAAAGGCGACUUUUUAAUAAAGCUAGAUGUGACAUAAAGUGAAGCAGCAAACAAUUAAAAAACAUUUUUAUGAACAACUGUUUUUUUUUUCUUUUUCAGCUACAUAAGUCCAUGAUACAGCUGUCAUUGGCACCUACAGGCAGUAUGUUUGUGACGCAUCGUUCAACUUUCGUUAUUCAAUUCCACUAAGCCCUUUGUAGCGAAGUCCUGUUGACGCAUUCUUGCUCUGUGCUUGAAACAAAGCGGUUGCACGUACUUAUUUUUUGUUGGGUUGUUGGACAUAGUCGACAUUAAAACCUCGCCCUGACUGUCCUCCGCUCCCAUGCCGCCGAGCAUUGUUGGAGCACACUGUUUGUUGUUUAUAUGUUUGUACAGGUGAUCGAUCGGAAGGAGCUCGCGCAGCUGAGUGACCAUUUCUUUUUCUUUUUUUACCUGCAGUGUGCCAUAAGCGCCGAGCUUCCUGCCACGUUGUGUAUAUAUAAGUACUGACUUGUUUGAUUUUACCUGUUCUAGCUACGUGUUCUGAACACUGGCGAGGGAUUUGUGCCCAGUGAAAAAUGCGGAAAAGAUGUUUGAAUGAACGAACGAAUAAACAAGCGCGCAUUAGUGCGCAAAUGAAACGA